CGCCCCAGCCCCGCUGAGCGCGGCGGAAGCGGCGGGGCCGAGCGCAGGUCCCGCCCCGCAGCGCCGGCCCGGCUCCGGGGGAGGUCCCCGCAUGCCGCUGCUCCGUCCGCCUCUCCACCGCGUCCGUGCCUUGGGCCGCCCGCCUGUACGCGCCCUCAUGAACCUCCGGGAGCUCGUGUCUGCCCUGAAUGACUUCGCAUCCCCCGCUCUGGCUGAAAGCUGGGACAAUGUGGGAUUGCUGGUGGAACCAAGUCCUCCCCACACUGUGAAUACCCUUUUCCUCACUAACGACCUCACUGAGGAGGUGAUGGAAGAGGCAGUGCAGAAGAAAGCAGACCUCGUUCUUUCUUACCACCCUCCUAUAUUCGCACCACUCAAGCGAGUAACGUGGAAAACCUGGAAGGAACGGCUGGUGGUCCGAGCCUUGGAGAACAGAAUCGGGAUUUAUUCUCCACAUACGGCAUACGAUGCCAUACCUCACGGAGUUAAUAACUGGCUAACAAAGGGACUCGGCACCUGUACUUCUGUCCCACUGCAUCCAUCAACUGCGCCAAGCUGUCCAGCUGAGGGCACUCACCGGGUAGAAUUCUGUGCAGAUGCUGAGCAUCUGGAUGCAGUGCUGUCCAAAAUCAAAGACAUCCCAGCGAUCUCUUGUCUCACUACUCUCCCAGUCAGGGUUGAAGGUGAGGAGCAAACACGAGUCAGUCUGAACUGCUCUCAGAAAGCACUGCUGGAGGUGGUGGCAUUAUUGUCCCAGAACAGCUUUCUUUAUCACAAGACUGAGAUUCUCUUACUACAGAAGCCUCUUCUUCCCCAUACUGGAAUGGGACGCCUGUGCACCCUGAGUGAGCCAGUCUCCUUGUCAGACAUAGUGGAGCGCAUCAAAGGGCACCUGCAGCUGCCCCACGUCCGCGUGGCCGUGGCAGCGGGCAGGACACUCGAAUCACCAGUGAAGAAAGUUGCUCUGUGUGCUGGUUCUGGGAGCAGUGUCCUGAAGGGAACAGAAGCUGAUCUCUAUCUCACAGGAGAGAUGUCCCACCAUGAUGUGCUGGAUGCAGUUGCCAAUGGGAUAAGUGUUAUUCUGUGUGAGCACAGUAACACUGAGCGAGGCUUCCUGUCAGAGCUGCGUGAUGCACUCGCCAUCCACCUACAGAACAAAAUCAACAUCGUUGUGUCUGAGAAAGACAGAGAUCCUCUCCAGGUGGCAUAGGGGGAAAAAAUUGGAGAGAUAAAAUUCAGUCAAUAGUGUUACCUUGCACAGACCUAUCGAAUUGCAGAGCUUCAUGAAGGUGCUUUCAAUUGGUCCAGUACAGAAUGCUUGUACUAUAUGGUCCCUCAAAGUCUGGGGUAUAUUUUGUCAUGUCAGAAAAAUAAAUGUUUGUUUUGGAAUACCAAA